AUGCUGAAAACAAGUAAAAGUGUUCAAUCUCUUUCUUCCGAUGAUGAAAUUUUAGGUGUUAAUUUAAAACCUUAUCGAUUACAAUAUUUUAAUAAUGCUAUUAGCCAUCAUGGUCCUCGCGAUUCUAAUAAAAUUCUUCAAGAUUAUAUUAGUGAUCAACAAUAUGAUCUUGAACGACGUAUGGAAUAUUUACUCGUUACCCAACGGGAUACUAGCGAUUCAAAUUACUAUCGUGAAAGAGAAUAUUUCGGUAAAAAGAGGCCUUUAAGUCGUUGGUAUGCCCAUCGGUUAACAAGAGUGCAACAACAAGAGAUUCUAGAUGGCCAAUUGCUGAAAAUGAAUAAAAGUGUUUUACCACCGAUGCCAAUGAGCACCUAUUUAAUGUCUCAUAAUCAACAGCAAUGUCAGCCAGUCGAUGAGGGCAAGAUUAAAAAGAAGAAACUAAGAAAGGCAUUAACAUUAAACGAUUUGAAUUAUUAUGUAUGGCCUAAUUAUGCCAAUCGCAAUAAUAAAGGUCAUUUUACUACCGUUAAAGAUUUAACAUCGAAAGAUUGUGAAUCGCGAGCUACUCAAUCUAGAUUAGCACCUAGUUUAAAUGGUAGUAGUAUGACUAUGCAUAUUAAGGUGCAAACACCUAUUGAAAAAAUGCGUGCUGAAUCGCGCAAUGCUCCAUCUCGAAGAAAGACUCCAACCUCUAAAUGUGUUGUAAAUAAAAAUUAA